AUGUCCCGACCUUCCGGCACCUCCCCACCGACGCUCGUAGGCUCCACUCCAAAGCCAGCUCUGGUUGCUGCGGGGUCGGCUUCCGUGCAACCUAGCAGUGGUGUUCACAACAGGAUCGACGUCUUCUCCCUUUCCCUCGACGAAUGGUGUAGUAUGCUAACUUUCUUUCCAUAUGCACCUAAUGAAGAUCGAAUGCAUGGGGACUUGAGUGAAGAAAGUGACCAUGCAGUGGAAGAGAAUGUUAGUUUAGAGAAUGAAAAUGGAAGUGUUGAAAGCACAAAUGAUGAUGAUAAUGAUCAGUACAAUGAUAAUGUGAAUUUUAACAGUGAGUGGUGCAGGGAAAAUAAUUGUUUGGAAGGUGCCCUAAACAUAUAUAUGGCCAAGGAUUCAGCUGAGGAGAAUUUAAUUGACAGUGAGGAUGAAUAUAGGAAAAGUGAAGAUGGAUCGAAUAUAGAAAAUGAUGCAAAGGAGCUAUUUCCUUAUUUUAAUUGUGUACAACAAUAUGAUCCCAAUUUUGAGUUGGGAAUGAUGUUUAGCAACAAGAAGGAAUUAAGAGAUGCAAUACACUCACAUGCUAUUAAAAAUAGAAGAAGUGUUAACAUUACCAAAAAUGACAAGAUCAGAGUAUAUGCUAAGUGUGCAGAUGAGGAGUGUAAGUGGAAGCUUCAUGCUUUGAAGCUUAGUGGAGAAUACACUUUUCAAAUCAGGAAGUAUGUGCCUGAACACACAUGUGUGAUGAAUUUGUAUGUGAAAAAUCUGAAAUCUACUUGGUUGUCUAAAAAGUAUAUGAGCAAGAUCAGAUCAGACCCGAAAAGAAAUGUGAAAGGCUUUAGAACUGAUAUUAUGGAAGAUGUUAGAUGCAGCGUUUCAAAGUCUCAAAUUUAUAGGGCAAAAGCAAAAGCAACUCAAUUAAUUGAAGGACAAGCUUAUGAGCAAUAUGCACUGAUUUGGGAUUUCGCAAAUGAGGUGAAGAGAUCGAACCCUGGGAGCACUAUUGUGAUUGGCACUAAUGAUGUAACUGACGAAAAUAGGCAUUUUAUUGGGGUCGAUGGGUGUCAUUUGAAGGGGCCACAUGGAGGGGUGUUACUAUCAGCGGUCGGAAUUGAUCCAAACAAUAGUAACUUCCCAAUUGCUAUUGCCAUUGUGAAUAAUGAGUCAUGUGAGACAUGGGGGUGGUUUUUGAGUUUGUUGAAAUUAGAUUUGAAUAUUGAAAAGGAUUAUGAAUGGGCAUUCAUGUCUGACAAGCAAAAAGGAUUGAUCCAAGCAUUCAAUGAAGUAUUCCCAAGGGCUAACCACAGGUUUUGUCUUAGGCACUUGCAUGGGAAUUUUAAAACGGCUGGGUUUAGAGGUGAAGCAUUUAAAAAUGCAUUGUGGAAAUGUGGCACAGCUACAACAGUGAAUGAAUUCAGGAAAAAAAUGGCAGAAAUGAGGGAUAUCGAUUCAAGCGUUGCUGAUUGGUUCAAUGACAAGCCCCCAAUGCAUUGGAGUAGAUCACAUUUCACAACCAACUCUAUAUGUGACUUUUUAUUGAAUAAUUGUUGUGAAUCUUUUAAUAGCAGUAUUUUGGAUGCAAGGGAGAAGGUUAUAUUGUCAAUGCUUGAAUGGCUUGUUGAAUACUUCAUGAUGAGAAUGCAAGUUAACAGGGAUAGGGUCGAAGAAAAGUGGGAAGGAUUGUUUUGUCCUCGAAUAAGAAAACUAAUCGAGAAGAAUUUGACAAAGACCGGGGAUUGCAUACCAAUUAAAGCAGAUAACUUUCAUUACCAAGUUUCAUGCUAUGAUGGCAGUAAGUAUAGUGUAGACCUAAAAGAGUGGACAUGUGGUUGUAGGAAAUGGGAUUUGAGUGGAAUUCCAUGCAACCAUGCUUUAUCUGCUAUUUUAGCUCAACGAUUGGAUUAUUUCGAUUACGUGCAUAAAUGCUAUAGUUUAGCCACAUACAAACAAGUCUAUUCUCCUAUAGUUAUGCCACUAAAUGGUAGGAGUGAAUGGCAACCAACAGGAGUUAUUCCAGUACUUCCACCAAACUUUGGGAGACUUGUGGGAAGGCCCAAAUGA